UUGAAAUCAGAGCAUCUUUGUGCGGAAGUCAGUUUGAGUGCGCGCGCCGCUGUCUCGCGCCCCCUGUAGGACCGGAAGAGAGUCGCGUCUCCUCGCGCUAACUCCGCCGCCAUAUUACCACAGAGCUGAGAGGUGUGUAGUGUUUCACCCUCUGGCCAGUACCACGGUAAACCAAUCAAGAUUCCAGAGGCUGCCCGCAAGCACUGUUUCAGCCCUGACAGGAGCAGCCACACAUCCAGAUCAUGUCCGGCCCUGUCACGAGUCGAUCUCGCGUUUAUCCAGACGUCAACACACAGAGACCUCGGGAAUACUGGGACUAUGAAUCUCACGUCGUAGAAUGGGGGAAUCAAGAUGAUUAUCAGCUGGUGCGGAAGCUCGGCCGAGGAAAAUACAGUGAAGUGUUCGAAGCCAUCAACAUUACAAACAAUGAGAAAGUAGUCGUCAAAAUACUCAAGCCAGUAAAAAAGAAGAAAAUCAAGCGGGAAAUUAAAAUUUUGGAAAAUCUAAGAGGCGGCCCCAACAUCAUCACACUUCUAGACAUCGUCAAAGAUCCCGUGUCUCGAACCCCAGCUCUGGUUUUUGAACAUGUGAACAACACAGACUUUAAGCAAUUGUAUCAAACGCUAUCAGACUAUGACAUUCGGUUCUACAUGUUUGAGAUCUUAAAGGCUUUGGACUACUGCCACAGUAUGGGAAUCAUGCACAGAGAUGUCAAGCCACACAACGUAAUGAUUGACCAUGAACACAGAAAGCUGCGUCUGAUAGAUUGGGGGUUAGCAGAGUUUUAUCACCCCAGUCAAGAGUACAACGUCAGGGUGGCGUCUCGAUAUUUCAAAGGACCUGAACUGUUGGUGGACUAUCAGAUGUACGACUACAGUUUAGACAUGUGGAGUCUCGGCUGCAUGUUGGCAAGCAUGAUCUUCCGGAAAGAGCCGUUCUUUCACGGACACGACAACUAUGAUCAGCUUGUACGGAUUGCCAAAGUCCUGGGUACAGAGGACCUUUAUGACUACAUCGACAAAUACAACAUUGAGCUCGAUCCACGGUUCAACGACAUUUUGGGAAGACAUUCUCGGAAAAGGUGGGAGCGUUUUGUCCACAGUGAGAACCAGCAUCUGGUCAGUACUGAAGCUCUGGAUUUCCUGGACAAACUUUUGCGCUAUGACCACCAAGCUCGUCUCACCGCCCGCGAGGCGAUGGAUCACCCGUACUUCUAUCCCAUAGUGAAGGACCAGGCGAGGAUGGGCUCAUCUUCAGGACUGUCCACUGGAUCCACUCCAGUCAGCACAUCCAGUAUGAUUACAGGUGAAUCCUGACAGCUUCCGACUCCAUCCCAGCAUCAGAGGCGUCACAUCCAUGUCUUCAGCCCAGCCGAUGGCUAACAUCGCAGGUUCUCCUGUCAUCUCGGCCCCCAGCGCUCUCGCCGCUCAACUUCCCGCCGCCGCCGGAGCUCAACCCUGAACAGACUCACUGACCGUCUCUCUGUUCCUCGGCCACAUUUUUAUGAAUGUUAACAAACUAGAGAGAGACUCGAUUAGCUUUCGUUUUUCCUUUUCUCUUUUCCAUACAAUAAUUAUAUAUUGAAGUUCGGACACACUGCAUACAGUUGUAAUGUUGCGUCAGUGUCCGACAUUCUAUCCCUAAGAUGGUGUCUAUAUAGAAGCCACUACAGUGUAGAAAUUCAGAAAAAUGGAUAAUAAAAUUUAUUUUAUAUGUCCUUA